CGCGCGUGAUGACGAAAUGACGCAUGCGUACGGCCAAGGAGGAGGGGCCCGGAUAUAUAAAUUCAAUCCCUGAGCGCUGAGAACCCGGGAGUUGCUCGAACCGCCGAUUGGAGGCAGGUAGUUCCUUGACUGAGACUAGGUUACUGCGGAGUGCUGCGAGCACAUAGGCCGGACGCCAUGUCGCGCUACGGGCGGUAUGGAGGAGAGACCAAAGUAUAUGUUGGCAAUCUGGGAACUGGUGCUGGCAAAGGAGAAUUAGAAAGAGCGUUUAGUUAUUAUGGUCCUUUAAGAACUGUAUGGAUUGCCAGAAAUCCUCCAGGAUUUGCUUUUGUGGAAUUUGAAGAUCCAAGAGAUGCAGAAGAUGCAGUUCGAGGACUUGAUGGAAAGGUGAUUUGUGGCUCUCGGGUAAGAGUCGAAUUGUCAACAGGCAUGCCCCGAAGAUCUAGAUAUGAUAGACCACCUGCACGGAGGCCAUUUGAUCCUAAUGACAGAUGUUAUGAGUGUGGAGAGAAAGGUCAUUAUGCUUAUGAUUGUCAUCGCUACAGCCGAAGAAGGAGAAGCAGGUCACGAUCUCGAUCUCACUCAAGGUCCAGAGGUAGGAGGUAUUCUCGCUCACGGAGCAGGAGCCGUGGUAGGAGGUCAAGAUCUGCAUCUCCUCGAAGGUCAAGAUCAGCAUCUCUCCGUAGAUCUAGGUCUGCUUCGAUCCGAUCUCGAUCUGGUUCUUUAAAAAGAUCGAGGUAUUUCCAAUCAUCCCGUUCCAGAUCCAGAUCCAGGUCUCUCUCAAGACCAAGAAGCAGCCGAUCAAAGUCCAGAUCACCAUCUCCAAAGAGAAGCCGCUCACCUUCUGGAAGUCCUCGUAGAAGUGCGAGUCCUGAAAGAAUGGACUGAAAUGAAAAAAAAUUCACCUUUUAGGAAGAAAGUUAUUUUGUUUACAUUAUUAUAAGGGAUUUUGUGAUGUCUGUUCAAUGUAAGUGUAACCUAGAAGGCUAUUUGAACCAUCUAAUAAUCAGAAUGGAUCUGGAUAUUUUAAGAGCUCUGUAAAUUUACAUCCGUAGAGUAGUGUAAAUUUUUUUUUGUUGUAUGUAUUAACAUCUUAUGAUCUGAAAAUGGGAUUUUUUUUUAUUGGCACAUUUAAGAAUAAAAAUGUGUUUCUAACUAGA